AUGACAACACCACAAUCUCAACCAAUGACCCUCCAUUUGGUUGGACUAGGCGUCACCCAUUCCAUCGCCUACAGCAUGCACAACUACAUCGCAAAAUCUCUCGGUCUCCCCUGGACUUUCUAUUCAACAGAAUGCGCUUCACUCGAGGAUCUGCUCAAGCUCGCCAAGGAACCAACCACUGCCGGCUUGGUUGUGACUAUGCCUUACAAGAAUUCCGUUAUGAAACACCUUGACGAGCUAGAUGAACUAGCAAAUACGAUUGGAGCGUGCAACAAUGUAUACUACAAAGGCAAUGAUGAGCGACGCAUCUGUGGCACCAACACAGACUGGCGAGGAGUCAAAGGCUGUCUUCUGGAGAAAGGUGACGAAACCGAACGGCCAUCGGCAGCUUCUCCGGCCGCAGCAUUGAUCGUGGGAGCUGGGGGCGCAAGCCGCGCAGCUGCCUAUGCUCUUUCAACUCAACUACAUUGCUCCACGAUCUAUAUCUUGAACCGGGAUGAUCAAGAAGUGGCAGACCUCAUCCGAGACACACAAAAAUUGACCCCCGUUCCGACAAUUAUCCACGUGAAAACAAUUGAGCAAGCGAAGGAACUGCCUAGCCCGUAUUAUGUGGUAGGUACAGUGCCCGAUUUCGAGCCAAUGACUGAGGCGGAAGUGAGAAUGGCUUCUAUUCUGGAGUCUUUCCUGCUGCGUCCCAAAAAGGGCGUUUUGCUGGACAUGUGCUUCAAGCCACGAAGAACGAGAAUGAUAAAGCUGGGCGAAAGCUUGUCAUGGCCAUGUGUGGAAGGAACCCAUAUCAUCGGAUACCAGAUCGAGGAGCAAUGGCGGUUGUGGGCUGGAGAAGAGUAUAUCCAGAAGCUGAAUCACCAGGGUGCGUGGGACGCCCUGAUGAAAGCAGCAGAAGAAAGCAAAGCGAUCAACCUCUAG